CUCACCGGAAGCCGUCCUGGUAUCCUGCUUUAGCUUGAUGACGAUCCGUCCUACAGGUUGGACACGUUGUGGUCGGAUUGGAUUUUGUUGGAGGUACCUGGGGGCGGACAACAGGGCGCACCUGAAAGUGAAGCUUCUCUGGAUCUGGGCCGGUUCCGCUCGGUUCGACUUUCCUCUGAGACAUGAAUAAAAAACAGGAGUGAGACUGAAGAAGAAGACUGAGUCAGCGGGUCAAUAAUUAAUCAGAGAGAGAGAGAGAGAAAGAGAGAGACUACCGCCCUGUGAGCCGGGACUCAAACCGGGCCUACAGGUGUUCGUGUGUUUGAGAACUUUGAUGAGUUUGGACCUGGAAACUCUGGACUGGGAUCAUGCUCGGAGCGGGGAGCAGGCUGGAGGGCCGGCUGAAGAAGCUGGAGUCCCUGAUGAGGAACCCGGAGGCAGCUCUGAACCUGGAAACUCUGCUGGUGAGUUUUUAACGUCAGAAUCUGGGACAGGUAGGAAGGAGACCCAGAAGAACUGAACCUGAGUGACUACCUGAACAGUGACCGUGUCUGCGUCAGAACAGCUGAGGUUAUUAACGUCAGAAGAAAGUGUCUGUCUUUUACUUUGACCUUUAAUCCAAGGUGUUAUAGAGGGACAGGGAAACUCCACCUGAACCCCAAACCCUCAGUUUUAACACCAUCUCUAAACCGGGUAAUUUUUACCUGAAAUAAUAAACUCAAGAAAAAGUCCUUGUAACCAAAUAAAUCAAAAUAGGACAAAACAUGACAAAUAAAAGUAGUUUUCUUUUAUUUUUAACUGUUUAAUGUCCAAAGGGACAGAAAAAAGUGACAUGAGGGGACCAGAUAAAAAUGUAACUAAAUCGCUUAAAUUAGGCGUUCAUCAACAAAAAAGUCCUAAUACACAUAUAUAAACUGUAAAGGUAGUUUCUUUUCCCCCAUUCCUGGGUCAUGUGAGUCUUCUCUGGUUCAGACUCAGGGUCCUCGGCACAAUAACAGGAGAGAGAACCAAAAUAUGUCAGAUUAUGAGUAAAAAUGAUUAAAGCUGACUCCAAUAUUUCUGAUCUCCAUCUGAAUUCACUUGAAAAUCACGACUUUGUGAUAGUUAUUCAUAACCACUGCACUAAAUAAAGAUAGCAUGUAAAUUCCAGGACCGCUCUGACUGACCUUAUUCCCUACAUGCAGCUGUCAAACCUACUUUACCCUCCAUCACUAACAUCACCCUGUGAACACGAGUCUGUAGGAAAAAGCAGGUUUUGGAUCAGAGAAACAAAUAUGUCUUCAAAGAUGUCAAAGGAAACACUGAAGAUACUCAGAGACCAAAGAUACUCAGACAAACACAACAUCAGGAAGAUCACCUAAAAACAGGUUUGGUCUGUGAAAAUCACCUGGAGAUAGUGUUCUUGAGUUAAUCCAAGGUGCUCCAGGUGAAAGGGAAACUCCACCUGAACCUGAAAAUACUGCCUCUGUUUUAAUCUGCACUGUUGGAUUCUGACAGUAAUCAUGGAUUAUAAGAGAUAUUAUCAAUCUCACUGAGACUCGGUCAAGUGUUGGGUUUAAAAUCAAGCUGAUUCAUUGAUCCACUCCUCUCUGUAAACUCAGUGUGGACUGUAAUUGACGUGCCCUCUGUCUGAACCGUCCUAAGAAUGUCCUCAGACCACUUUGAUAAAACUGCUGAGCCUCUCCGGCCCGACCUCUGUCAACAGAUCCACAUUUUUGAGCUGAUAUGGCUCAGCGUUUGGUCUGGGGGGUCUAACACCAGACCACUGAGACCACUUCACUGACUCUUAUUCGACGGCUUAUUCAUCAAAUGAACUCACUGAUUUACUCUUGGGGGUUUCAAUUCAAAGUAUUUAGAGACCUCCGCUUUAGGAAACCUCUAGACUGGAUCCACACAGUUUCCCACAAAGUCUCACUGUCUCUCAGCAACUUAGAGGGAUAUUCCAGCGUCUAAACACAACUCACCUACUCUCUUCCAGCAGACGCUUGUUUGUAGAGAGACCUCAGGCCAGUCCAUUACAGACUACAGCGGGGUGCCGCAGCUCAAGGAAGAACAUUUAUGAUCAUUUCUUUAUCAUUUCCUUGAAGUAAUAAUCACCAUAUUAAUCAUUUUACAGACGCUGUAGUUCUUCUCGGUCUGAUUGUAUUUCCAUGAAGAAAUGAUCAUAAAUGUUCUUCCUUGAGCUGCGGCACCCCGCUGUAGUCCGGCUGCUGGAAGAGAGUAGGUGAGUUGUGUUUAGUCUCUUUGCUAAAGAAAUGAGUCAAAGUUAAAAAGAUGUUUGGUGUCUAGUACUAUGUCUGUGACCCUAUAUGUCCUGUUGAUGAAGUUAGGUGCUGUUCUGAGCAUUAUUUGUGGCUAUAGAGUGGCGUUUUGGUUGAGGUUUGUUUAUGGCUCCUCAGACCGCUCUGUAUUACUAUCCUGCGGUCCUAAAUUAGUUUUACACCGGAAUAUCCCUUUAAUAAUCUGUGAAUAUUGACUGCUUCAAACAGGAUCAAUGUUACCUGAACAUCAAUAUCAUUGAUCGGCAUGAUGGGUCAGUGUGAUGGUCCAGGGAUCACUGUGGGGUCAAAAUGACCAUCUGAGACAGGUUGGUCUGGUUUGGGGACCAUAGGGGUCCAAACUGACAAAUAUCAUAAAACUGACAACCUGAUGAAUGCUGAGUCAUGGUUAGGGAUCAUGAUACAGUCAUAAUCGUGGGAUCAAACUGAUAUCGUGGUGUAGAUGAGUCGUGCUUCAGUCACGCGGGGGUCAAAGUGAUGAUUUUGUAAAUGAGCAGGUCCUGCUGAGGGAUCAGAACCUGGUCAAGAUAAGACCUGAUACCAUGAGGAGGUCAUCUUAGGAGUCACAGUGGGGUCCAUAGAUUUACAGAGUCUUAGAAUCACAAGGGGUCAAAACCAAAACCUGAUUGAGUCGUGCUUUGGGGUCAAAAUGACGAUCAGAGGUCAGAUGAGGCGCUUUGACAAGACUGAAGGUUUUAUGUGUCACAGUAUGACCCCUUAUCGUGACUCUGAUGGUCCACAGUCACAGCCUCAGAACUUCUGUCACUCUGUGAUAUGAAUCUGUUAGACCCGCCCCUGAGAGCCCAUCCAAACCUCAGAACUUUGAUCCGCUGCCUUGGUUCUGAGCCGCUUGGCCGUGGAUUUCAGUGACCUACAUGCUGCCUAAUGCAGGGAGGAAGCUGGAGUCACAUCCUGGCAUUGAGAUGGAGUUGACCUGUAGUGACCUCACGUCACUAUUUCCUGUUUGUCCACAAUCAGCUCCAGAAGAAUAAAGAGUUGGAUCUGCAGAACGAGGACAGGGGUCCAGACCCACGAUGAGUGUUCCCCUCUGUCUGAAGGGUCUUUGUUAACAACAGCAGAUACAGAUGUUGUUACACUCUGACCCACAGGAGGGUCAAACUUCAGCCAUCAGCUCUGUCAGGGAGUUCACCUCACAGACGCUGAGAAGGUGUCAGUCAGGAUCUGUCCACUCAGCAGAACCCUCGGUCCGGUUGGGGAACAGGGUGGAGAUUAUCAACAGGCCAAAGACUCUCUGUCUGUUAUUAUCCAAGCAUGCAUACAGUAGAAAGAAGGAGGCCAAUAUGCAAAUGAGCGUGUCAGAGGUAUGUGGCACUUCCAGUAUGUUCAGGCGUUUUCAGAUCAGAUCCUGUCAAAGGAAGUAAACACAGCUGGAGCUGAAUCCUGUAAAUCUGAAGGCAGGUCUGGUUUGUGUGGAGGUGAACUGGUCUCCAGGACUGGUUUUUCAUUUUCAUACUUUCCUCUCUCUGGUUGUUGACUCUGCUCAGGCGGUCUCAGCUCUCAGUGAGUGGGUGGAGGUGUUGUCUGAGGCUCGGAGGAGGAAACAUUCGCACACAAACCCAAGUGUAAACUGCUGGAUUGUUUUCUGAUCCGCUCAGACCCCAGGAGCAAAAACAAAACCAGUUUGACCAAAAUGCUGUUGGCUCAGACUGAACCUGCAGCUGAAGGACUCGGAUCUUUAACCCUGUGUUGAAAAUAGAUGCGAGCUGCUGAGAGAACUCAUGAUGGCUCAGAAACCAUCAUGACUAAUCAAGAUGGUCGCCCAGGAUAGUGAUGAUAUAAUCAGAGGGACAGUGUUUUAUCAGCGAGGAGCUUCUCAGUCAGACAGCUGAAAUACUCAGGCUGUGAUGAGCUCUCCAGUCCGGUUAACUGGUCCACCACAAAUCUAUAAAAGAAAAGGUUAAACUGGUCUGACGGACAUGGAGUCCAGUAACACCGCUCUCCUCCCAGUCUGUUCUUUAGUUAUUCUUCAGGACAGUCUUAUAAUGACAUAUUUAUCAUUCUAUGUCGUUCAUGUUGUAAACUCGGAGGUGACUGACGAUGAUGACGACAGAGUUUAAUAAAGAGGUGAAAGUUUCCGGAUCAUAUCUAUGUCUCAUUUAAAAUCAGACUGGAACAUGGCUGACAGAGUACCAUCGACUGCAGUAAUCAUAGCUGCUUCAACACACACACACACACACACACACACACACACACACACACACUCACACACAGAGUGUAAAAUGAUCACAGAUCCUCGAGCGCUCCGCUUCAAUCCAGACCAAUAAGCUGUUUGUCCCACAAUAGCUUCUGAGACUUCAGGUCUAUUUCCAUCCGUCUGCAGGAGGGUGGGGGCUCAGGAGGGCGGAGGCUGAGGGGGGUCUCUCCACAUUGCUGCUAUUUAAAGGUGCAGAAUAGUUCCACUCGCUGCCGCCCGCCCACUCACAUGUCCCCGAACAAACAGACGCUAAAGACCUGACUCCUGUGCGGUUGACUCCACAUGACCCUUAAUUCUGGGGAACGGGGGGGGGGGGGGGGUCAUACUACACCCUCUUUGCCCCCCCCCCCAUGUGUUUGGAUCACAGGGACAUUUCGGUUCCUAUGUGAAACUGAACACCGCUGAUUUAAGUUCUGAUGACACAACUGAGACCUUGGUUUUUAGGGGGGGGGGUCUGUGUUUGUUGGUGGGCCUUGGUGACGGUCUGUGUGUUCGGACCGGGACCUCUACCUUCAUCAUGUGACUACAGGGAUUUAGCACAGCUGUCGUGUCCUCUUCCAGCCUCCAUUGUCCCCCGUCAUAGUUCCCUUCAGCUGAAAACAGCAGACUCCUUUUCAGAAACAAAGUGAUUCCUUCCCUCCCUCCCUCCUUCCUUCCUUGCCUCCUUGGUUCCUCCACUUACCCAUGUUUUGUUGUCAGCUAGCAGAAGGUCGAGGUUUCCAAAUUCUGAAGACGUGUCGUGACAGAUUGACGAAUCUUGAAAAUAUUUCUUCCUUCCUUCCUCCUUUCCUUCCUUCCUUCUCAACACAAAGGAAACUUCAGACGUGCUUCAAAAAUGGAGUUUCUUUUGCUGAUUCUCACUUUGAAACGUAGGGAACAGAAAAUCCACAUAUUAAUGGGGUUAGUCUUAUCGAUCCUAAGGUCACUCCAGGAGCUGUAGUUCUGUUGGAGACGGUUUUUCAGACCCAGAAGUUUACUGGUCCUACUUUAUCUAAAGGUGCUUUAUUUCAUUUUCAUGUACUUUGUAUUUAUUGAACUUUUCUACUUUAUUGUUUUUUCAAAAAUAUUAAAUGACAGUUUGUGUCUUUUCUGUCUUUCAGGACUCCAUGAGCGCGCUGGCUCAUGACCUGAACUAUCCGGCCCUGAGGAAAAACAAAAACAUCGAGGCCUUUCUGAGUCGAUGUAAGAGCCACAGAGGAAACGUGCUGCACUGUUGAAGACCUACAUAAAUUAAGUUAUCAUUACCUGUCAUAUAUUAAUUGAAAACCACAGUCUUGAGGAUUAGAAGCUUAGAAGAUUAGAACCAGAGGAAAGCCUGAAACCUUUGUUGAAGGUCUACAGACCACAGGGGGUCAGGACAGAGAGACCUCAGCCUGUCUGCACCUUUGCUCUGUUUCUGUUAUUUAGACUGAUAUAACUGUAGUGCUGAGAAUUAAAAUGGUGUCAUAUCCCUUUAAAAUGUAUGAACUGCUUUGACUCCUGUAAAAAAAAACAAUGGAGUCGUUUUAACAGCCUCAGACUGACCUCUGCCAGGUCCAGCAUUUAAAAACAGACCCUCUCCUUUGAACCCAAACGUGUGUUGCCGUGGUAACGAGUGUGCGUGUGUGUGUGUGUGUGUGUGUAUCAACUUUCACAGAUGAGAAGGCGGUGAGUCAGCUUCGGGAGCUGCAGGUGAAGCUGGACGACUUUGAGAAAGUGAAGUUGAUCGGGAGAGGAGCGUACGGAGAAGUGCAGCUGGUGAGGCGUUUCCGUCGGCCGAGGGUCCCUGAAUGCAUCACAGGGUUCUGGUUUAGGUCGAGUUCUGCAGCAGCAGUGCAGUUCUGUAGGGACAUGGAGCAGGAAAGGGUCCACAAAUGCAACUAAAACCAGCAGCCAAAAUAUCAACCAGUAGAGGGCGCAGUGAUCUUUGGAAUCAGCCCCCACCUCAGAUCUUAAACCUCUGGAACUUGUUCUGGAGGGCGAUCAGCAUCUUUGUCCGGUUCGGUCCGACCCGCUGAGCUGAUGCUGAGGGAGAUAGAGUCAUGGAGGGAAGCAGACGUCUGUCUCUGCUGCUGCUGGAAGCUUCAACCUGGUCUCUGCUGAAUGUUUUGUGGUAGAAACAAGUCUGGACAGGCUCAGUGUGUAGGAGAGGAGUGUGAAGAAGAAGUCUGCGGGGCGGGGGGGGGGGGGUGCGCUUAGAUCUUGUGUUAGCAUGUCUUUCUUUGGGUGUGUGCCUGUAAUUUGGGGCCCCUCUAUCUCUCUCUGUAUCUCCUGUUUUCUGUCUUCAGGUCACAUUCUCACUCGUUCGCUCUCUCCCUGCUCCUACACUGACCCGCUGAUCAGCUGAUGUCGGUGGUCUCUGUGUUGUUGUCCCCCCUCUACAGGUCCGUCACAAAUCCUCUCAGGAAGUGUACGCCAUGAAGCAGCUCAACAAGUUUGAGAUGAUCAAGCGGUCAGACUCUGCAUUCUUCUGGGAGGAGAGACACAUCAUGGCCUUCUCCAACAGUCCCUGGGUCGUCCAGGUGAGCAUGUCUUUAAAGGAGUGAGAAUGAAACUCCUGUGUCACCACCACAGAGUCUCAGGGUUACAAACACAAACACACCAAACUGACCAAGAACGGCAUCUCAGUACUUAGAUAAUAUGAGAAAUAAUGAAGUGAGACUGUUCCUCAAUAACACAUCCAGAUAAUCCCGAGGCACGCCCACACCUCCAAGCUCUCAUAAAACAGCGGCCAUUUUUGAAUUCUCCUAUCCUAGCAGUACGUACUAAUUUGCCCAAAAUGUAGUAUACAGUCUGCUGUAGGCAAACAAAUGCAAAAUUUGCAGUAUGCCAAAAAUACCCGGAUGACGCACUGAUUCAGGAAAAUUUCACAGUAUGCAUCAGACCAGUCUGCUUUGCCUACUGUUACCCACAAUGCAAAGCGCCUGGGCAGAUGGCGGAAUAGCGCAGAGCGGUGAAAGUUUUCACCAGAGCGUUCAUUUUCUAAGAGGGCAGCUAAAAGAUUUCUCCUCCUGACAGCCUGUCUUCUUCUUCUCCUCCUUCUUUAUGUGUGAAAACCGCUGACAAGAAUGUUUGGUAUCAUACCGAACAGUUUUUAUCCUCAAUUUCCAUCAAAGCCUCAAAUUUUCCUGCUUCUCCUCAUCCUUUAUUCUGUACGGUACGUCUGAUGUUGAUCAGUGCAGUCCAUCACACAGCUGGACAGUCAGCUGACAUUAGAGGAGGUCUAAAGCUUUACUGCAGAAAGGAGAGUAAAAGUGAAAACAGUCGGACUCAAUCAGCAGACAAGACAGUGAACGCGUUUAGCGAGGAUUGCAACUUCUUUCGUUUAAGCAGGAAACGAGGACAACAGAACUUUGCUGUAUUUACAGUGUCGUAAUGAGAAUCAAAUGACGCCAGAUCAUCGACGAGUCAUUACGUAGACAGAACACGUUUUGAUGGUGUUGGACCGAAAAGCCAAAUAAAAUCAAAUUAAAACACAUAAAUAAUUUUUUCAGUGCGUAAAUGAAUGGGCAACUUUUACCAGGGUACGAUGGACUUUUCCAGACUGGAAACCAGUUAAACCGGGCAAACCAUACUACAGAAUAACGGCCGACUUCCAGUCAUACUGCAUACUACUAUCAAACACAGUAUUCAGUUGCAGCAUCUACUGCAGUAUCUACUUUAUAUUGCGGUCGGCAGGAGGAUGCAGUGGGCCAAUUUGAUAACAGCCAGUGUCUCAUCCUGAUUCGAAGGUCGUGACCUCAGUGAUUUUGUGUUCUAGCUGUGCUGUGCUUUCCAAGACGACCGCCACCUCUACAUGGUGAUGGAGUUCAUGCCCGGAGGAGACCUGGUCACGCUCACCAUGAACUACGACAUACCUGAGAAGUGGGCUCGCUUCUACACAGCUGAGGUGGUGUUGGCGCUGGAUGCCAUCCACUCCAUGGGCUUCAUCCACCGUGACGUCAAACCCGACAACAUGCUGCUGGACAGACAUGGACACCUCAAACUGGCAGACUUUGGCACAUGUAUGAAGAUGGACUCGGUGAGUCUGAGGCUUUUAUUUUGAAGGAGCCAAAUUCCUGAGUCACCUUAAAACUGUCUUUUCUGUCUCAGUCUGAGUGGUGCUAUAUCAGGGCUCUAUUGCACCACCUAGGGGUCAGAGUGUGAAGUGCAGCCAUCUUACAUCAGGUUGUUUUUAAAAAGUCCUCCAAAGUUUUUGUCCUAACAGCCAAUCGGGAGAGAGCGCAGCAGGCCCUGCCCUCCUGUGGCCGAGGAAGUGUUGUUUUUCCUUCUUUUGUUUUUUUAUAGCUGGGAUUUCUAAAUAGGAAGUUUACAAGCGUUUCUGCAGAGUGAGGCUCGCUGAGAAUCAAAGAGGAGACUGAAAGUCCGGCUGAACAACAUGACUGUUAAAAUCUGAAAAGUUCAUAUGAAAUCUAAUAAAAGGGGGUCUUCUCUGGACCCCUCUCUGCAGUUAACAAGAAUAAUCUUGAUUCUGAGGAGCCGUGAAUGUUUGGACUGAUCUGUUUGUCCAAACUUCUUCUUCUGCUGUCAUAAAUCUCACUCCUCAGUGUAUAUAUGUGUGUGUGUGUGUGUGUGUGUGUGUGUGUGUGUGUUUUCAGACAGGCAUGGUGCACUGUGACACAGCUGUAGGCACACCUGACUACAUCUCCCCGGAGGUGCUUCAGUCUCAGGGCGGGGAUGGUUACUACGGCCGGGAGUGUGACUGGUGGUCUGUGGGGGUCUUCAUUUACGAGCUGUUUGUGGGUGAGUCCUCUGAUUUCUACACAGCCACAUGUUCACGUCAGCAUAACGACUCUCCAGGUGUUGUGACUGAAGUCAUCGAUACCUCCGAUUGAAAGACCAGGUCACAUUCACGGACUCGUUCUCUUGUUUUGCAGGCGAGACCCCUUUCUAUGCCGAGUCCCUGGUUGGAACUUAUGGGAAGAUUAUGAACCAUCAGAACUCGCUCGUCUUCCCGGAUGACGUGGAGAUGUCUCAGCCCGCCAAAGACCUCAUCUGUGCCUUCCUGACUGACAGGUUCGCACAUGGAAAUCAUUUUAUCCGAACACACACUUACGGGUGCUCUGACACGGAUGUUGGAUCACUGAUGAAUCACGCUGUCUGUCAUGUGUGGAGAGCAGGAUGUUAUCUCACACUCCCAUUUCUCUCCUUCUGAUUGGAGGAGAUUCUAGAUCUAGGCUGAUCUAAAGAGGAUUUUAGCAGAUAGAUGCUGACUACAUGUCUCAGCAUAUGAUGAGCAGAAUAUAGAUCAUAGUCCACACUUGUCUUUAAGGACUACAUUAAUCCUCCAAACCCACACAGGCGUCCUUCUCUACGUUAUAUCAUCUCCUCUUUGUGGAAGCAGCAGCAGCAAACUGUGUUCACAGACGUGCGGUGACUUCUACUCCAGAGUCCUGCCUGCAGAUGUCUGUUAUUGUUAUUAGUCCCUUUAGUUCCUGCAAGUUUUCUGGUGUUUGGAUAAUACUCUGUUCUGUACACUAUGAACUCCUGGACUCUCUGCAGGUUUAGUCUGAGGAGCGUUCGUCCAAAUGUGUCACAGAGCUGUGAACCUUUUUUUCUCCAGCCUCUCUGAACGUCCUUUUUAUACCCACUCAUGUCACUAAUCAGCCUAAUUAGCAGGGAGCUGUCCCUUCAGCUGUUCUCCCGGCAUUACUCAGUAUUUGGAGUGUCUCGUUGUCCCCGCCUGAACUCUUCUCCUUUUUUUAAUUAAGACUGAAACGUUUUUAUUCAAACAUUUUACAUGUUUGAAUAAAAACGCAGCUCAAGGAAGAACAUUUAUGAUCAUUUCUUCAUGGAAAUACAAUCAGACCGAGACGCUAAGACAGAAGAACUACAGCGUCUGUAAAAUGAUUAAUAUGAUGAUUAUUACUUCAAGGAAAUGAUAAAGAAAUGAUCAUAAAUGUUCUUCCUUGAGCUGCGGCACCCCGCUGUAGUCCGUAAUGGACUGGCCUGAGGUCUCUCUACAAACAAGCGUCUGCUGGAAGAGAGUAGGUGAGUUGUGUUUAGUCUCUUGAUGAAGUUAGGUGCUGUUCUGAGCAUUAUUUGUGGCUAUAGAGUGGCGUUUUGGUUGGGGGCGUGGCUCUCUGUAUUUCUAUCCUGCGGUCGUUACUAAAGUUGGUAUAACUAGAGAAGCAAGCGGUCGACAACAUUCAUCUCUGGAGGGGGGGUCUAACUCGGUGUUAUGGUGGGUUUGACCCUAAAUUAACUUUACGCUAGAAUAUCCCUUGUCGUGAAAAUCUGGGGAUUGUAGUUUACAGCACUAAAACUAAAGAGCUUGUUGUCAUGGAGACUGUUUUUAUUUACUGGGACUGUAGGUGAAUUAUAAAGCCCAGUUUUUAUACUCUAAUGGAGGUGAACACACUGGGACUGAGUGUUAUUUGUGGACAGAGAAAUCUCUGUACUUCACUCUGUUUGUGAUCAUCUAUAUUUGGACAUAUCUAUAUGGAAACACCAAAUUAUUGUUGGUUUUAAUGUCUGCUGUAGUAAAGCGCUGAAAUCCUGUCCAGUUAUUACACUUCUUAUUAUUAUCACAGGUUAAUGUUGCAUGAAUAUGAGGGUGUUGGUCCUGCACUUGGUUAGUGGCCCAUCCCCCUGGAAGUAACUACUUCCUGUUUACAUUAGAAGCCCCGCCCCUCUUGAGGACUCAGACACAGGCCCUUUCUGCUCCCACACAGAGCAGCCUUUCACUGGUCCGUUUAUUUACCUUCUCACUCACUAUUCUCACCACAGACAGAAUCUCACAUGUUCACGGCUCACACACACACACACACACACACACACACACACACACUAACCAGUACAUUCAUUCAGCACACAGCCCACAUGCUCCGUCACUGUCGACCUGUCAUGCUGAAUCACUCCAAGUUUCUCCUCUUUAUCUCUCCUUAUUUCCUUUCUCCUCUCCUUAUGUCCUUCUCCUCCUCUCCUUCUUCUCUUUCUUUUCCUCCAUCCUCCCUCCCUCCCUCCUCUCUCUCCUUCGGUCCUCCUGAAACACUCCUGCAGCUCCAGGUCCUUCUUGUUUUUCUUUCUUAUCCUGUGGGGGUUUUAAAAACUCUCCCUCCUCUGGUUUUUCUUCCUCUCCGCCACUGCCCUCUCCUCCUCUCCUCUUCCUCUUGGCUGGGUCUGGAAUGUCCCACACGUGGCAAGCCCACAGUGCCGCACCCCUCCGGCCCUGUACCCAGCAGAGAGAGAGAGAGAGAGUGUGUGCAGAGUUUUGGGGGUUGGAGGAGUGGAGGUAGAAGCAGCAGGUUUGGCUCCAGGUUUAGACCCUCACUCUGUCUCCUGGUCCUCUAUCUAAGUCCUGUAGGAGGUUCCGGUGCUCAUCCGUGGUCAUGUGGCUCUCCAUGCUGGUCAGUGCGGUCAUGGUCACUAGGCUGUGUGUUGAUGACGACAGCGGUGGGUGGAGGGAGGAGCAGGGGUGUGAUUUGUGUUCAGGUUUUGCUCACAGUCUGGGUCCUUGUCUUGUGUGUGCAGGAAAGUCCGACUGGGCCGCUCUGGAGUGGAUGAAAUCAAGAAGCACCCGUUCUUCAAGAACAGCCAGUGGACCUUCGACAACAUCAGAGACAGUAAGUGUGUGUGUAUGUGGUCCUGUCUGUGCAGGUGCACUCUCUCCACUUCUGACCAUGUUGGACUCUGAUCUUCUGACUCCUUAUCUCCUGCAGCUCAUUCCUCUCUGAUCUGUUUCUUCUCAGCAUUAGCUCAGAGUUUAUUUCCAUCUCCUCAGCCACAAAGUAUCCAUGAAACGUACAGAUGUUCUCCAUGUGCUGGCUCGCUGCUAUUUCAGAAGACUGGAUGCUCAUGAUGUAGACUCCAAAGCCUGCUAGAUAACCAGCUGCAUGGGUUCUCCUCAGUGAGGAUAUAUUUAACACUGCAGGCUCGACUACAGACCGAGUUUUUCAGUUGAACAAAGAGACUAAAGAGUACAGGAACUAUCCGAAAACAGGGUGAACCAGACGAUACUGGACCACCGCUGAUCCUUCAGGAUCAUAAACAGAUCACUGUGGGCUUCAGUGGAGUCUAAAACCCAAACUGAUCCCAAAGUCUGUUUUAUUGUUGAAUUCUGACUUUUCCUCUUUCUUCUGUUUCUGAAAUCAAAACUUUGAGAGUAAAAGUCAAAGCUCGAAUAAAACGUUUGAAAUUCACAUUUAUUAUUAUUUUUAUAAAGAUUAUAUUGUUGUAACCUGAAGGAUCAGUGCCUCCUCCAGGGUGAGUCUUUUUAAAGCUGAGAUUAUAAACGAGAUUGUGAAAGUUUGACUCUAAUCUGAGGAUCCUGAAAAGGUCAGACCUCAGAACAUGUGGACGAAAACUGAGAACAUCUUAGCUGUAAAAUGUGGGUCAUGAACUGACUGAAUACACGAUAAAGGAAAGGUUAGAAGUCUGAUCAGCUGCAGCAAGGGAACAAGGAGAGGAGGUAAGGAGAGGGAACAAGGAAAAAGGACUUAUGAGGACUUUGAACCGGGUCUUUGUGCCUGUCCAGACUGCAGAGCAGGGUUGACGGGUCUCACCUGGCUCUGAUUAAGACCUCAGACUUCAGACUGCCCGGCGGUCUCUGCUCCGUCGGCAACCUCACGUCCGGUCACACACUCCCCCUCUCACACACACACACACACUCUGAACAUGAUGUGCACGUCUCUCAGUGUGUGUUCAGAGAUGCUGUUACCCCCUGCUGAGUGUGGGUGUGUGGUUUAUUGUGCAGAUUCCUCGGGUUGUUUUCUUGUUUAUGACGUUUAUCCAGCGCCGGGACGGUUCUGGGGAGAGAAAGCGGCGCCCAGUAUCGAUGGGACGGGAGGCAGCACCCCCUGUAGCAGCGGGCGGGGCUGACUGUGCGGCCGGUGUGGACGGCCCUAAUGAGAGGGGCGCCCCGGUUCGGAGGGCUGCUCCCGCUCUCUCACUCUCACUGUGGCCACGGCUGCCUGUCAUUAACGGCCCGCUAUCAGAGAGCAUUCUGGGAAAGCCGUGCCACAGCGGCCUGUGUCUCUUUCUGUCUGACCACAUUCCUGCAGUUUUUUUACAGCCUCUUCUUUUUCGUCCCGUUUCAUUCCUGCGCGUCCCCGCCUGGAUUUCUGCUCCGAGUUUGUCACACUGAGGGUUUGUGUCUCGACCCCGCAGUAAUGAGCUCUGGUCUGAGGAGCCGGAUCCAUAAUGGCUGCUUUCUUUUCCAAUUAGGAACUAUUUAUAGGCUCAAGAACUAGCUGAGUUUGAUCUGAUUGGCCCUUUGACACGUUUUUGUCUGCCUGUUGCAGAGACUUUAAAGGCCUGCGUCUGUGUGGAGAGAGCGAGCGAGCGAGCGGUGGAGCUCUGCAGCUGAAAGGACCUGUGUGUGUGUGUGAGGGGCACAAAGCGAGCUCUGUGAGGGAGAGGAGUGUGUGAGCUUUCAGCCAACCUGCACAGAGUCGCUCCUACUGCGGCCGGGCCAAAGCUGGCAGAGAGAGAAAGAGAGAGAGAGAGAGAGAGAGAGAGAGAGAGAGUGUGCUCCUGAAAAAGGUUCAGAGUUUGUCAAGGAUCUAUUUUCAGUUCUCAUACCUGCAGGGAGGUCAAACCCCGACAAUCUCCACCGGUCUGAUUUUCAUUCAAACAUCUCAGAGUCCAGCUCUUUAUUGAGAGGACAGGACAAUGGACCGAGUGUGAAACACAGGACACAAGGGGGGAAGGACAGGUACUCCGAGGACCUUCGCUCAACAGCCUAUCGUCUCUGUGAACAGCUCUGAUCUGUUCUGACUUAUUCUGUUUUUAACCACAAACUCAAACAACAACGGUACCAAAGUCCUUAAAGUCCAUUCAUAAAGAAAACAGCGUUUAAAGUUAGAAAGUCAAAGGAGUGUGGAUGUCCUUAGUCACCGUGAACAUCAUCUCAGCUCCUCAGUGAGCAUCUUAGUAUCUCUGUAGACCUGAAAGGAGGUCUAACUGUGGACCCGCCGUCUCCCACUAACAGACUGAAUCCUCUCCUAGCCCGAUGUAAACAAGCACAGCUGACUUUAAUCAGCUGUUUCAUAUAAACUCCCUGAUCCAUCUCUGCUAACAUCUCAGCAGACUGAUAUAAAGUCAGUCACUCUCAAGGUUUUAGGACCUUCAUCCACCAUGACUGGACAACAUUUGUAAACAACAGCAGGAAAGUCUUAAUCAGGCAGAAACUGGAUCAGAACCAGACUCAUUGGUGGACAGCCAUCUGCCUCCACAGUGGGAUAAAGAGAGAGAGAGAGAGACUAGGAUGAAGGUCCCUCCCUAAAUGACUGUCUGUGUCUCCUCCAGCCGUGGCCCCCGUGGUCCCGGAGCUGAACAGUGACAUCGACACCACCAACUUUGACGACAUCGAGGAGGACAAAAAAGAUGUGGAGACCUUUUCUCCACCCAGAGCCUUCGUGGGGAACCAGCUCCCGUUCAUUGGCUUCACCUACUUCAAGGAGGACCAGUGAGUCUUUCCUCUCGUUUACUGAAGUCUCAUCUCUGUACUCUUCAUCAUUUCUGUUUCACGUGUACCUGUUGGUCCUGUUUGUGUAUUUUAGAGGAAGCAGCUCUCUAAGGUCAUUUCUGAGCGUUAGAAAGAAAACAGCUUCACGCCCAAAUCUUUAUAAUGCAGCCUUACAGCAGUCAGACACUGACCGCCUGUUCCAGCUCCACACUGCCGCCUUGUUCUGCCUGCCCCUUUAAAAUCCAGAGAUUUUGAAGCUCCGGUUCUUAUUGGUUUGAAAAGUCUUGAAACCAGCACAUCUGUUUCUGAUUCAUGGGUCUGUAGUUCAUCUGAAGAUGUUUAAUCGUUAGAGGUGUGACUGUCUUUAAAUGACUGUUAAAAUACUGAGAGCUUUAGUGUGGGUCAUACACCGACUUUUCUCUGUUUCCCCUCUGACAGCUGACCCAAACAGCGGUUCUGACACCGUGUGCUGCCCAUCUGACCUCAUGGUGAAUCUGAAAGAGAAAAGUUGGUCCCAGUUUUCGAUAGUUCUCAAUUUCUGACUCUGAUGAUGAGCUAACAAAGCUGAUGUUCUUCCACAAGCCCGGAGUUCCUCCUUUUAGGCCCGGCUGAGGAGAAACCAUAGGCUGACAUAAAAGCGGUCUGAACUUACCCAGGUCUAUCCACAGCCUUUUCAGGGUUCAGGUUUUGUCCUCUAAGCAGGAGAUUCUGGAUCUACAGAAGAAGUGAGUUCUGAAUCGAAGCAGUAAUACGAUAACGUCUGCUGGAUCAUCAGUGCUCUCUGGACCACCUCAUGGACGUUAUGAAUCUCUCUAGGUCAAAAUCUGUCACCUGGUUCUGGAGUUUUGCAGCGCUCCAGUUUAACCCAGUUAUCAGUGACUCCUCAUUUACUCCUCCUCUUCUCCUUCUUUAGGCUGCUGAAAGGAGACAACACCAGCUCUGAGGAGGAUUUAGAGGAGAGGAAAGAAAGCUCUGAGGAUAAGGAGAAGUACUCCGAAAAGAAGAAAGAGGUAAGGACCAAAGAGAAAAGGUACGAACCUGAAACAAGAGAGAUCUGGUUUUUGACCUUCUGACCCUGACCUUUGUGUCUGAGCAGCUGCAGAAGAAGCUCCAUCAGCUGGAGGAGACGCUGGACCAUGAGAUGCAGGCCAAGAAUGAGCUGGAGCAGAAGUGCAAGUAUGAGGACACACACACACACACAGACACACACACACACACACACACACACUAACCUGUGCUCUUCCUCCAGAAACGCCACCAACCGUUUAGACAAGCUGGUCAAAGAACUGGACAAAGAGGUGAGGAUAGAUGGAGCUCCUGCAGCUGUAAACCAUGAAGAAGGUCCUGGUCCAUCUUCUCACUCAUGUUCUGCUUCCUUUUGUAUCAGAUGAGCAGCAGGCAGAAGGUGGAGGCCUCACUCCGGCAGCUGGAGAGAGAGAGAGCUCUGCUGCAGCACCAGAGCGCCGACAACCUCCGAAAGGUGGAGAUCGAGAGUGAUCGUAAACGUGGUCUGGAGAACGAACGUGAGCAAAAUCACAUCUGAUGGUGUCUAAAACCUGAACUCUAGAGGUCUGGAUUCAUAUCUGUGAAUGUAGAUGAGAAACCAGCCCGCGUGGAGGAGGUGGUACUGGUGCUGGUCUCAGUUGUUCCUAGUUUCACAUAUUAAGACCAGACCUCUCUUAUUGUAUCACAGCUGAUAUAUCAUGUAGAUGGUCAGGGGUCCAGUCAGUGUGGUCAACCAUGAAUGCUUCUGUGUUUAACCAGUCAACAGCCUGAGGGACCAGCUGGAGGACCUGAGGAAGAAGAACCAGAACACUCAAAUCUCCACCGAGCAGAACCUCCAGCUGCAAAAACAGGUGAGAAGGAGGUCUUUAACUCCUCGUGAAGCUUCACUCUUAUUUCAGGAGUUACUGCAGAUCAGUAUCAAGCAUUUAUCUGUGCCUGCUGUUUUUUCCCACUCCAUCCCUCUCACUGAGCUGCCGUCCUGACCCGUUUCAGCCUGCAGCUAAAUGUCUCAUCCUCUCGUGUUUCUCCUCUGAAGCUGGAGGAAGCCAACGCCGAGCUGGAGGCUGAGCAGGAGGCGGCAGGGCGGCUGAAGAAGACUCAGGCAGAGGCUCAGAAACAGGUCCAGAGCCUGGAGGUCAGCCUGAGGGAGAUGCAGGAGAAAAGUACACAGCUAGAGAGCAGCAGGCUGGAUCUGGAGAAGCAGAUGAGCGGUCUGCAGGCGGAGCUGGAGGAGGAGAGGAGAGGCCGCAGCCUGGGGACAGAAACCAUCGCUGACCUGCAGGGUGAGGCCCAACUGUCUGUUCCACUCGUUUCUGUUCACGCUGAUAGAACUACCGACAGAUGAGUCACUUUGUUGCCACGGUAACUGCCCUCCCUUAGCAAAAAUGUUGUCGCUUGCUUUUUCACACAGUGUUCAGAAAACUGCUCAAUUUUCCUACAAUAAGAACACCAUGGCAACCAGCCGACUGUGAUGAGACGCUUAUUCUCUGAACACGUGUACGCCUUUAAAACCUUCACAGUAGGAUGGUUAGAGAAGGUCGAUCUGAAGGUAAUCAGAGUGACCGUCUGUCGCAGGAAAACAACAUUACACAAGCUGGAGCGCUGAGACUCAGUUUGAGAAGGUUGUAUUGGAGCAGGCUUUGGGAAAUAUCAGCUCAUAGGUGGAAACAUAUGUUCAAAAGAGAGAGAGGGUGAAGUCAGAGCCUAUGAGAGCAAACGUGGAGCCCAGCCAGCCGCCCCUGAGUUUGGAAACUUGACUGUGCUGGUCCGUGCAGAGGCUGGAGAUCCAAACAACGAUGUGGACUGUUUGCAGCGCGCUCCUGUAAAACUCUCCAUCAGGGUGGAGGAAGUGAGGGAAACACUGGAAACUCUGUUGUUUCUCUGAAAACUGUUAGCAGGAAAAUCGAGUCACGUCAUGUUCAGGAGCAUUUCCUCGUAGUUUUGGUAUCCUCCCUUAUCUUUCCAUAACUUGUUCUUGAUUAUUUCCCUUUUUUUCCAGGGCGACUCUCUGGUCUGGAAAAGGAGGUGAAGGAGUUGAAGACUUCUCUCUCCAAAGUCCAGACUGAAAAGAAGCAGCUGCAGGAGAAGUUCAACGAGCUGGAGAAGGUGGGCUGAGACCAGAAAAAGUCCUCCUUCACUUUGACAUUUUCAGAUCGAGUCGAAGUCGCUGUUUAGAAAUGUUCUUUUUCAACAUCAGCACCUGCUUCUGCUUCUGUAGGAGAAGAGCAACCAAGAGAUCGACCUGACCUUUGAGCUGAAGUCUCUGCAGCAGAGUCUGGAGCAGGAGGAGGCGGAGCACAAGGCCACCAAAGCCAAGCUGGCCGACAAAAACAACAUAAACCAGUCCAUCGAGGAGGCCAAGUCUGAGGCUUUAAAAGGUGAGGACACGUUAGAGCGAGAGGAGGGAAGGAGGAGAAGAACCCGUGGUUUUCAGGAGAGGAAAGAAACGGAUUCAGACUGAAAUGAUCAACAAAGAUCUGUCAUUUGUGUCCAGAUGUUCGACAAACACAAACCUCUGAUGACCUUUAACCUCUAAUAACCUGCAGCACAAACUCAGGUAUUAGGGACAGAUGUUUGGACAGUGGCUGACUGUUUCCUGGUUGUCUGUUUGCAGAGAUGGAGAGCACCCUGCAGGAGGAGCGCAGCUUGAAACUGCAGGUGGAGGGGAAGAUGCUGCAGCUGCAGAAGGACUACUCCAUGCUGGACUGUGACUACAAGCAGGCGCAGCAGAGACUGGAGGAGCUUCAGGCACAGAAGGAGAAACUCUCUGAGGAGGUCGGUCUUCAUGGUUCUAUCCUCAAAGAUCUUUGGAGACCGCAGGUUUGUCAGGGUCUGCAGGUAACCAGGUUCAGUAACGGCCCAUCUUACCCUUUAUGCAGGUAAAGAACCUGAGCUCACGUCUGGACCAGGAGACCCACAAACAGAGUCUGAGCCAGAGCGAGCUGAAGAUCCAGAACCAGCAGGUGACAGUGCUCCGCUCCUCAGAGAAACAGCUCAAACAGGAACUCAACCACCUGCUGGACCUGAAGCAGGUCCUGGAAAAGCAGAACCAGGAGCUUCGAAGGUCAGAAACACUAACUCACACAGAGUCUUCUUGAUCCAGGCUGUGGUUGAAAUGCAUUCUGGGUAUUUGAUUCAUAAGCCUCUGAACUGACAGGUCACAGAGAACCUGCAGGAAAAACUGGACCUCUUUAAAGUGAAACCACAUGAUUGGUCACCUGGUAAACUCUUAAAUCUGACUGCUAACUGGGUCACAGCUGUGGUACCACAAAGUCCAGUAUCAGUGACUGAGACUAGAGCCGAUGUUUCCCAGUGGUGUCAGCAGGCGGAGGUCAACAUAUCGUUUAUGAACUUUGGCUGUUGAAGGUGUUGUAGUUCAGGAUCUGAGGAAGUUCCAGUUUUUAGGAGAAAUCUUGAAUGUAAACUCUACCCCUCCAACCAGUUUUCCACUCAGCUCCUCCUCUCCCCUCCCUCUCUUAAGCCCCGCCCACAAACAGACGCUCCUGCUCGCUCGUAUCGUUCCAAUUAAAUUCAGAUAUAAUGCAGAUAAAUACUUCAGAUCAUUACAAAUGGGGCCCAGUCAAGGUGAAAGUCAAAAGCAUUGCUUGUGUCGGCAGUCGUGGCCAAAGGAGGAUUCAGACAAUUUUCCGAACUUUCUGGUUGGUUUCUACUGUCCGAUAUUGUAGCACGCUAACUUUGUUUGGGCUCCUGAACGACACGGUGGAGCAGCGUCUGCCUCACAACCAAUCAGGUUAGAGGAGGUGGAGAACGGCUUUGUUUACAGUCAGAAAGAGCGGACCGCUCAAAAAUGUUCAAAUGUUGACGACACAGACAGAAGAGAACACAGAGAUAUCGAUAUAUUACCAAAUAUCAUCAAUAACUAAUAACUAUUGACUGAUAUUAAAAGAUUUUUUUGUAAAUACACCACAUAAAAAGAUUCUUCUUUAACAGAUUCCUGUCUACCCCACCUUUCAGAGUCGACCCCAUCUGCGCUUACCGGGUUUUGACUAAUCAGAAUCAAGCUUUCAAACAGUCCAGUGAAUUCCUGGAUUACAUUAACUACCAUAAGAUUUGGUGAUAGGUCUACAGGGAGGCCAUAACUGAGCAGGACUUUGGUCUGGAGGUCUAUGAGGUGGUUUUGUAGUCGGGGGUCAGAGCAGAAGCACAGUCUUGUCAGACGGCGAGCUGCCUGUAAAAGCACGCUGUUGGUUUAUCUUGUUUCUGUUUGAUAAUUGUUGUGGAGAAUCUCAUUCAACAUGUUGAUUUGAGUGAAGUGUUUUGGCUCUGGUGGGCGGUUGGCAGGCUGAGAUGAUUGACAGAUUGUUGGUUCGCCUCCAGGGAGAAGCAGGAGGCGGGUGGCCAGCUGAAGGAUCUGAAGGACCAACUGGAGGCAGAGCAGUAUUUCACGGUAAUUCUACCCAACAAUUUCACUGCUUUGUGCACCUCGUCAACACGGAAGUGACAGCCAAAUAUUUCUCACUCAGCACAGCUAACAUUAUAUUGUCAGACAAGCAAGAAACAUAAAGUGAUCUACGAUGAGGCGCCUGAGAGGGAAGAGGAACAAAGAGAGGGAUGUGUUUAUUUCAUGCAUGCUGCUCCUCGUGUUUCUGUGAUGAGAAAUUAAUUGAAUCUCCACCUGUCCUCCUCUAGACCCUUUACAAGACCCAGAUCCGAGAGCUGAAGGACGAGUGUGAUGAGAAGAACAAGCUGUGCAAAGAGGCUCGGCAGAGACUGACAGAAUAUGAGGAGGAGAGGUAAGGUCCUCUAAUAUGUCAGCCAUGAGGCCGGUGGAGACAACAAGAACAGGAGAUGAUCAAAAAUACAAAAAGAUCCAUGAAAACUGAUGGAAAUGAAAAUAGAAAUAAAAGAGAAACACAUUUUAAGUUUUAAAGUAUGACAGAGAUGAUUCUUUAACUGAGAAACUUUGAAGACGAUCCUUUUUCACCCUCUCUGUGAAUUCAUCUCCGGACUAAAAAACAGGACUGGACCUUAAACUGAGUGACUUCAGUCUGAACCAGAUCAGCCACUCAGACUCAGUCAGUCAGGGCUCUCAAGUUUUGAACUAAGCUUAGAGUGAGAUUUCCUGGGGGGGGGGUCGAAGAGUGAUUGAAGAUAAUUAUUAGUAUAAUAAUCUAAUAAAUACAAUGGAGUAUGAGGGCCACAUUAAGAAAGAAAAAAACAUUUUUAAAUCUUUGAGAUCAAAGUUAUUAUUUAGGAGAAUAAAGUCAUUAAUGACUUUAAGAAUAAAGUCGUAAAGUUACCUGUUGUGGAGGAGAGUUGUUAAAAUCAGCACUGAGGAGCAUUUAGAUGAAUUGUACUUUACUAUAGGUUUCACAGACAUGGAGAUACUUAAUCCUUUGGUAUAUCAGCAUUACACUGUCACGAGUAUCAGAACUUUAAAAAGAAUAUAUGAGAAAUGCUGCUUUUGUGGAGGGUAAAUGGCUGUACAGAGGCUAAAUCCGUCAAUACAGCUGUUAAUAGCAAUAGCAUAGGGCUUUAGUUUAUCAUAUGAGUUUAUCUGCCAUGAGGUGUUGAGGUCUCUGCAUGUGUAGGUUACUGACUUACUGUAAUCAUCGGGUCUAUCUCGUCCUUAUAAAAACCUGCUCUAUUUCAGCAAGUGUCUGUCUUCUUCUGUAGUCAAACCACAAGAUAUCAAAAUCUACCCAGAUACAGCAAUGCUGCUUUUUGAUUGGCUGUUCAGUAGAUAUACUUUAUUUGAUUGGCUUGCGCGUGGCACGCAGCUUCUGAACUCUCGGAGAAACUCCGUUGAUUUCCCCCUGUUCCAUAGUUAAAGAGGCGCAACUUGGUGGACAUCACCGUGUUCAUUUAAAUGCGUGAGAAAUACAAUGUGUGGCGUGUGAGCGUGUGAACAGGUGGGAAUGCGUGUGUCUCACGCUGAAUGCGUGAGACUUGAGAGCCCUGCAGUCAAGUCAGGGAUCUCUGCAGACAGUGAAGAAGGUUUCAGAAACAUGCAUUAAGAAAAAGGUCACACCAAAACGUGCACAUGCCUCCGUCAGCCUGUCUCUGAGCAGACCAAUCAUAGCCUGGCUCUUUGUAUUUCAGAGAUUGAUCGUUUUAAUAAUAGUCUGCCCUCUUUCCUCUCCACAGGGACUCUCUUACAGCCCAGCUGGAGGCCAGUCUGACCAAAGCGGACUCUGAGCAGCUGGCCCGUUCCAUCGCCGAGGAGCAGUACUCAGACCUGGAGAAGGAGAAGAUCAUGAAGGAGCUGGAGAUUAAAGACAUGAUGGCCAGACACAAACAGGAGCUGGGCGAUAAGGAGGCCACCAUCAGCUCGGUGAGAGAGACUUUAUCUAUCCUGUGGUCUAUGUGAGAGUUACUGUGGACCGAGCAGGUCAUCAGAACCUGGACCGGGUGAGGGGGGCGCUGCCGCACCUCACUCUAAAGGGUUUUAUCUGCCAUAACAUCACAAGUAGUCCAUUACAGAGUCUGAGCCCUUCUGAAGAGGGUUAUGAAGCCCACUUCAGACUGGAAAGUAGACCUUACUGUGGAUCGACCCAGACCUGGGUUGAUCCAGAUCUUUGAAGUAUCAGGUCACAGUUUUAAACUCAUGGCAGAACAACAACACUGUCAGGAAAAGCACUAACUAACUCACUUCUCAUGGAGAUAAAGCUUACCUGUUGACUCAUCUUUACUCUCCACAGCUGGAAGAAUCGAACCGCACUCUGACGGAGGACGUGGCCAACCUGGCGAGUGAGAAGGAGGAGAUCAACAACCAGCUGAAGGAGCUGCAGCAGCGUGAGUGUCCUCCUGAGUUCACAAGCUCUAGAUUUCUGCAGGAUUGACAUUUCCCUCAGUGCUGGCAAACGUGUUACAAAGCUGUCUCACACAUCGGCCUGAUUUAUGAGAGGCCUGUAGAAAAAUUAGACAUGAACAUCUCCAUCACGGAGGAGAGUGUCUAUAAAACUAGUCCACAGAUUCACAGCAUAAGUUCACACUUGUACAGAGUGAUGAUUCCUCUUUGCUGGUUUACAGAGCUGCACAAGAGCAAAGAGGAGGAGAAGAAGAUGAACUCACUCAAAGUCAGCUUUGAAAAGCAGCUGCAGAACGAAAGGACUCUGAAGAUUCAGGUGAGAGGUCUUACCUGACCUGGGCGCCUACACAGGUCUGGAAACACUUUCUGUCCUCCUCACAGGUGACUGUUGUACCAUGAUCAGAGACUGUAGAGCUGCAGACUGGCGCUGAACUCUGGGAUUAAACUCUCCCAGAUCUAAAUCUCUCUCAGCAGCACUGAUGCUCCUGCAGGCUCCUCUCUUUAUUCAGCUGUUUAUAACUUUAUGUUUUCUCUGUUUUCAACUGGCAGGCUGUCAACAAGCUCGCUGAGGUCAUGAACAGGAGGAGGGAGACGGUGCGAGGAGGUCAUCGGGGCCCCGAUACUGAGGUGCACAGGAAGGAGAAAGAAAAUAGGAAGCUGCAGCUGGAGCUUCGAGCUGAGAAGGAGAAACUCAACAGCACCAUCAUCAAAUACCAGAGAGAGAUGACGGAGAUGCAGGCGGUCAGUACGCCCACGCCACGCAGCACACGGCAUGAACACAUACCGCCGUCACAUUCACUGAAAAGCAUCUGUGUUUCUGAUUUUCAUUCAAGUCCUGAGAGGUAGGUGAGGAGCUUCAAGUUAUAAUCAGUCAGGAAAGAUCUCUGAGGACCAAAGAAGGAACAUCUGUCUGCUCUCAGCAGAUCCAAAACCGGCAUUUUGAUCAUCAGAGACAUGCACCAAGAUUUCUCUGUAACUAUUUACACAGAAGAUAUUAUCAAAAUAGGAAAGGCUGCAGGAGGGAGGUGUGCUAGUUACAAAUUAAAGCUCCAAUCAGGGGUUUCUAAGCUGGUUCUGGUUCUGACAGGGUGCUAAUGCAGAGAUUCAGGGUUCUGGCAGCUGCAUAUUGAGGUUCCUAUAACAUCCUGUAAAUGUUAUAAAGAUGGUGGACUUCAGCAGAUUAAAGUCUACAUUACAUAUUAUAGUCCUGGUCCGGCCCUCACAGAGGAGGAUUAAAACAGGGCUCCUUAUGACCCACAAAAACCUUCAUUCAGAAGACUCAUGAUUUUAUCUUAGUCCUUCUUCUGUAACUUGAAAGAUUAGACGAGGCAGUAAACAGGACGGUACCAGACCAGCAGAGACUCAGUCAGGGACAGCAGGACGAGGAUCUGCAGACCUGUCUGAGGUUCUACCAAAGUAAAUCCUGACCUUCUCAGGAGACAACACUCGAAGGUCUCCAAACCUGAGAACGUGUUAAAGUAGCUCUAGAGGUCAGAACAGCCUCAAACCUUCUGACCAAUUAGGAGUCUGGAUGGUGUCAUCUUUGUGAAUUCAUGAACCUCUUCUUCUCCGUGGAUGUCAUGAUUGAAGGCCGGUCACUAAAGGGUUAAUCCAUGGUUUCAGGUGCUCAGUCUCUCAGAGGUUUCAGGGUGGAGGAGAUGUCUGAACUGAAGCUCUUGUUCUUUUGUUUUCUUCAGCUGAUAGCAGAGGAGAACCAAACGCGUCUGGAGCUCCAGAUGGCGUUGGACAGUAAGGACAGUGACAUCGAGCAGCUGCGUUGUCAGCUGACCUCCCUCAGUAUUCACUCACUGGACUCUACCAGCAUCAGCAGUGGAAACGAGCUGGACACAAGUGAAGGCUACCCAGGUAAUCCCAAGACCUCCAGGUCUCUCCUCCAUGUCCUCCUUUUUCUGAGGUCUCUCUGAGUUUCUGUCUUCCAGACCUAUUGAUUUUGACCUUUUCCUCUUAAUGCCCCCCCACCCCCCCACCCCCAACCUCGACUCCUCCUUCUCUUCUGUGAUGCGGCGCAGUGCGCAUUACUCACUCCCACACCUCCGAAUCAAUGUCCUUCACCUACCAGCGCACACACAAAUCUGUCCGCAUCGACACCCGGCCCGACCUUCGCUCUGCUCGCUCUCUCUUUGACUCUGACUCUGAGGACGAGGACGGACAUGAUGGGCAGGUGGAGCGGGGGGAGCCGGUAGAGCAGGGCCCCCCUCCUCUGGCCCUUACCUAUGAUCAGCCCUCUGAGGCUGGACCUGCAGGUGACCCUGCAUGGCGAGUGGUGUUAAAGCUAACCAUGUUUUCUAACGGCCAAAUCUUUGUACUCUCUAACUGAUGAAGAGACGACCUUGGUCCGUCCCUGCGAAGUCACGGCUAAUCCUCCUGCUCUGUGGUUUCUGUCUCCGCUGUGCUAUAAUCCUUUUGAUUGUGUACUGGACACGGUUUCCUCACAGCUUGAUGCUGCCCUGUUUCUGCUGCUGAAGAUGGAGACAGGUUUUUUGAAGGAGUGAAGUUUGUUUGUGUUUGAAGUCUGUCAGGUUGAUCUAACAGAGGUCUGUCAAGAGUCUGUCCUAAAAACAAAAAGCUUUAGUUUGGAGCAGAGGAUCCUUUCUUCUGUCCUCUCAAUAAAAAUAAGAACUAACUGUGAAAGUCCGUCUCUGUUUCUUCUCUGCAGACUCCAGACUUGAAGGCUGGAUUUCACUUCCCACCAAGAACACAAAGCGCUUUGGCUGGGACCGAAAAGUAAUGCUCCACCUUUCUUAUCUGAUCUCCAUCAUCUCUGAGUCAUUUCCCCUCUGACCUUUGACCUCUACCGCCCUGUCUUUCACAGUAUGUCGUGGUCAGCAGUAAGAAGAUCCUGUUCUACCACAGUGAGCGAGACCGAGAGCAAGCAAACCCCUUCAUGACCCUGGAGAUCGAGUGAGUCAUUUCAGCAGAAUUCAAACUCCUGAUGCUCUUUAAAAAAGUCUCUUUUUUUUUUUCUCGACUUCCUUCAGAAGUUUUUCCUCCCAGUCUGUAGCUGUGAUGGUAACUCUAAGGAGAGGAGGAAAUAUAAUGUUUAUACUGUCAUACCAGCUCUUCAAACCUAAUGUGAGCAUCUCUGAAAAAAAGAGGGAUGAUCCUGUUCUUGUCCUAAAAGCUGACUUUCCUAAACCAGCAGACCUGAACCCCAGCCUAGUCUCCAGAACCAAACCACUGACUCUCUGUCUCCCUCAGUAAACUCUUCCAUGCUCGGCCCGUCACCCACACGGAUGUGUACCGCGCAGACGCCAAAGAAGUUCCCAGAAUAUUCCAGGUGAUGAGCUCCUCUCUGACAGCCCAUCUGACUGAUGAGUGAACAAACGGCUGAUUUCUACAGUCUCUAAAACCCCCUCUGAUGUUUCCUCCGUCAGAUCCUGUACGCCAAUGAAGGCGAGAGUAAGCGUGACCAGGAGGUUGUUGUGGAGCCAACGCCGUUAGGAGAUCGUCAGUCCUACAUCAGCCACAAAGGUCACGAGUUCAUCCUCACCCUCUACCACUUCCCCUCCAGCUGUGAGGCCUGCACUCGGCCACUGUGGCAUGUUUUCAAGCCUCCGCCGGCUCUCGAGUGCCGCCGCUGCCACACCAAGUGCCACAAAGAUCACCUAGACAGGAAGGAGGAAGUGAUUGUUCCCUGCAAAGGUCAGCUUCCUCUGUGAAGAGAUAGAACAGCUGGUUUUAAGGACUUUUCCAUCAGUGAAAUUUGACAAACGUCCUCUUAACGCCGUGUUUAAUCUCUUUGUUUUUCAGUCAAUUAUGACAUGUCCACUGCCAAAGAGCUGCUCCUAUUGGCCGGCUCUCAGGAGGAGCAGCAGCGUUGGGUUAGCCACCUCCUCAAACGCAUUCCGAGGAAACACCCGACCAUGAGUCCUCCCCUCUCUGCCGCACCGAACACCCCUCCUGAGGUGACAUCACGGUCGUCUCCGAGAAUCUCUCCAAGACCUUCACCUCGGGGUUCACCUCACAUGUCGACCCACCGAGGAGCCAUCAAGAUCCAGUCCUCCAGACAGCCUCAGCAGUCAGGGAAGGGCAGGUGAGAGGAGGGGACAGGGUUUCAGAUUUUUCAUGAUCAUGAAUUUUGAUGUUUUUAGGAUUAAACUCGAUUAACAGCCUCACUGCUCCUGUGAGCAGAAGGGACAGUUAUUUUAGUAUUUAUUGUUGAAUUUCUCUUACGUAUUUCUUCAUUAUUUUAAAAACCUCCUGUAGGAUUUUAGCUCACUGAUCCCAAAACCGCAGAAACUCGUCCGUCUGAAUUUAAUGGAGGAGAAAGAGAGGAAAUGACCUUUAAACAGUUUGUCUGUUAGUUUUAUGUCACUUCUGUUUGAGUUUUAUUAAAUCUGAGUUUAUUGGAGACCAUCAUGAUCAGGAUGUUUCAGUAUUUAAGUAACAGAGGACCAGGGACUCAUGACUGGGAUCCAAGAGGCUGUGAAUCUGAGCCAGUCUGACCAAGACCAUCAUUGAGGAUUUGGUUUGAUAAACUCAGUCCGGUCUCCCUCUAACCCUGUUCACUCAUGGACAGGGUUCGAGGUCAUGUUAAACCCUGGCUGACAGGAAGUAAUGCUCUGUGAGAACUUUGCUGCAUGAGCGAACUGUUGUCCGCAGCGUUAACGCAGCUUUAGUGUGGUAGACCUCUAAUUGAGCAGGAAACGGCACUAACUGUGUCUGUCUCGUCUUCUCCUCACCUAACUGGCUCUCAUCCCUCAGCACUGGCCCCAUGCUCCGUAUCAUCCUCCACUGACCUUUGACCUCUCCACCUCUGACCUCACCGCUCUAACUCUCUGUUGCUGGGAGACUGUAAGUAGCCGAGUUUGUCAGACCUGUCCGCCCUCUGUGAUGCUGUGCUGCCGUGUGCACUAAUGCCUCCUGACACUCUGCAGUGGGCUCUACGCUGCCCCCUGGUUAACCCGGCAUGUACUUCCCCAGCUACUGAUGAAGCUCCACAGGCUCCAGUCCCUGAUGAACUUCAUACUUCCUGUUUCAGAUUGCUUGAUUUUGGCCUGAAAGACUGGAGUUGGUCAUUGGAUGAUGUCCAUAAUGAUGAUGAUGAUGAUGAUGAUGAUGAUAUGUUCUUCUGAAGGAGGUGAAGAAGAGAGUCCAGAGGGUAACAGCACCUCUGCAUGUGUGUUUGCAGACAUUAUUCCGAGUGAUUUCACAGCAUGAGCCUCAUCUCUGCAGCAUGUGGACUCCAGAUAAGGACAAAGAAGUGUUUUUGCUGUGGUCAGCGGUAGAUGACGACACAGAGAUCAGCACAGCUCAUACCUGUCCGUUAGCUUAAAGCAGGAAACAGGAGAGACAUUACGCUCUGCCCGAAGAUACUAAAGGUGAUCUGCUCAGGACUUAAUGACCUCCUUUAACCCAAAAAUGCACACUCAGACAGAGCCAGACCUGCGCUCCAAACUAAACCUACUGUUGGCCGAAGUUUCACGAACACAGUGAAUGUCUCCUCAUUAAACCCUCGCGACAGUUCGGAUACUAAGUCCUGGUCUGACGACAGAAAACCUUUGGGCUGCCAAAAGAUGUUACUGACUGAAACUGUUCACGCCUGGAAGUCUAAAACGAUAACUCACGUUACCUUGGUUCUAGGACAGCCCAGACGAGAAGGUCCUCUGACCCCCAAUUUCCACCGCAUCCCGAACGGCUACGAAAAGGCCAUAUCCGCUGAUCGUAGCUGAUCGUAACCAUUCAAGUUAACGUGUCAAUUUACACUGACUUCUUUCCGUUCCUCUGCGGAUCGCCGGACUCCUCAGCUGAUCACAAGAGUUCUAUUUUUUCUGGACGCCGGAGCAUGGCGGAUAAAUUCAGCACAGAUUAACCCGUGCUGGAAAGGAAGUCGGGCACAGACACAAAAUAAAACAUCCUGCUUCUUUUCAAAAUAAAACACUCCGUGUUUCAGGAGGAUCGUAUUUCACACCAUGCAAACGGGCGGAGACGAACAAGUGAAAGGUUUUUAGACGUCAUUUCACCCCGAUGACACCAUGGAUGAGGAGAUGCUGAUUCUAGAAGUCUAGAAGUAGAUUUCCUCCUCUGGAAGGACACAAUCUACUGCUUAUAUGGUUAGCUUGUGUGGCUAGAGACAACUUGUUAUCACACAAUUGCACGUGAAUCUGCAGGUUCUUGUGAGUUCUCACAAUUCCUGUUGUCCGUAAUCCACCACAAAAUUCGCCUCACAAACGAAUCCGGUAGGAAUUGGCGGACGGCAAAAGAUGCCAUUCCAGAUAUGGUGGAAAUUCAGCUUGAGUCUGUAAACCUCUGAGUCAAGCCGAGUCUGGAGGUCUAACUUCUGUGAAAACGUUCUUUCUUGCAUCUCUGCACUAAACUUUCUGUGUCUUUUUGCAAUUUUUAAAAUCCAGAUAAAAACAAGGAUUGUGAAUGGUAAACAUGACUCUGAAUAUUCCUGAUUGUGGAUCAGGAAUGUUCAGAUUAAGUGACACAAACUAGCUUCAUUUUUCACAUUUAACUACAGCAAACUACCGUCCUGAAACCAGCUUCAGUCAAACAGGCAGACGGAGAUAUUAUCCCGUAUUUAUGCCUUUCACUCAUGCAUUGUGAGGAGACUGGAUUGCUUCCUUGUGUAAUAUGUGUGGAUUUUGUGUGGGCGUGCUUUUGAAGUCCAGCCAUCCUGUUGGUAUCAGCCCAGGUUUUCACAUUAUUUUGUUUCUCUCUCUCUCUCUUCACAGUUAACCCCUGCUGGUCUAAGAUCUGCAUUUUCAUCUUUGUGGAUUAAUGGCGGCAGUCUGCAGGCGGUGUCUACACGUGUUGUUUCUUUGGGGAAGUAGACUGAAAAAAUGCUAAUCACAGAGACGGGCUGUCGUCAUGAGAACAGAGUCUGUCUUUGUUACUCUAACAAAAGGGAAAAUGAGCAGUAUUCAUAUACUGGUGAGAUCUCAUGGAGAAAAAAGUCGAACCUCAGCCCAACACGUGGACGCUUCGCUCAGCCUGCUGCAGUGACUCACAGUCAGGGACAGAGAGGGUGUGUUCGUGAGGUGCUAGCAUGUGUUUGAACGUGUGUACAUAGGAAGAGCAGGUCUGUGUAUCACAGGAUUGUAGCCCCGGAUAGUUGAUUGUGUUAUUUUUACUGAAAUACGUCAGCACCACAUCCUACAGUACAUGCUUUUCUUGUAAAUGAAUAUAGUUUUUCUGAAUUGAGGAUCUGACUUCUCUGCUGUUUCCUGGAAAUAUUCGCUCCUUAAAGCAGAUCCAUUAAAGGAAAAUUAAGUACAUUUAAAUCAACUGUGUUUCCUUUUUGCCAUUCAUGUUAAAUCAGAUAAAUAUGUGACUGAAAUAAAUGAUUCAAACCCCAAAGAUCAGGAUUUGUUUCAGCUUCAUUUCACUCAGGAUUCAGGAUCAUCAAGAAAGAGAGAGAGAGCGUGACAAACACCGAGAGUCUGUUUCCAAAGUUUAGAGGCAGUGACUGAAAUCAUGCAGGUUUAGGGAGUUUUUAUCUAGUUUUUUUAACUGAGUUUUUUUGUGUGUUUCACACGUGAGGCCUUCAUACUCCUACAGUCAGACUCCAGGACCUGGUUUAGGUUUCCAGUCUGUUCCUGAUCGUUUGAUCCCAUUAAUCACAGAGUUAAGGCAAACACUCACAACAAUACUGUCUGUUAUAAGAGUGAAAAAAUGAACAAAAGCAUAGAUGAACAUUAAAUCUGUUUUUUACUCACUAAACUUCAACAGAAUCUUAGACGUUGAUUUUCUCUGGCCUGGGAUCUUCACACUGACUGGUACUGAGAUUUAGAUCCUUGUUUCAGGCAGCGUUAGCGAUGUUUCGGAUGUUGGUACCAUAAUCUGAAAAACCCUGAGUCAUCCAUCUGAACUGACGGUAGGUCCAGUCUGUUUAUUAUAGUAGUGGAGAAGUAAUUCAGCGAUUUCACAGGAUGAAGAUCAGAAACGGUGUCUUCAGUCUGGAGCUCUGUCCAAAUCAGGGACAUGUAUAAAUCAGACCUGGACCAACCUUUGUCAGGUCUGACUGAGGUGGAUUCUGGGUCCAUAUUUGUCUUUGUAGCUGUAACUGCGUGUGGAGUGAGUGGGCUUGACUGGAAUAAAUCUUUCAGAGCAGCCUAAAGCCAACUGGCACUGGUCAUACAUAAUGUAAUGCUUCAUCAUGGUGCCCAUCUGUUUAAAUGGUAUCUCAUACUGCAGGCCUGAUCCAUUCCCUCUAUCAGCGCUGUGACAGUAUGUUCCAGAGAGGCAGCCGUGAAAGCUGCUGUACCUGCUCGCUGUGCGGUGACCUCAGGUGGCUGUACCUGCUGUUCUCCUCCUCGUUAACAUCUCCACAUCAACAUCCUCCUCAACACUCCUGUUUUUCUUAUUUGUUCCUGUUCAUCCACUCACUUCACGAGAAAAAUAUCACAUUUAAAUCUAUGUAAUUUAUUUAUGUAGUUAUUUUGUGCUAAAAAUGACAAAAAGUUUAUUUUAAGUUUUUUUAGAAAUAUGGAAAAUAUAAAGGUGGAGUUAACUUGAACCUGGUCAAACAUCACCUAUCUGGAUUUUAGAAACGACUGUUUUGACUUAGAGUGAGAUUAUUUUUCCGGUCAUAGAUAAACCCUCCAUGAUUCUACAGGAGCCCAGGAAGGACAAACUACAAACAGCCGCACAAGUUUCUGUAUGUCGUGAAAAAGAGAGAGGUGCUGUUGUUCAUAGGUCUGCUGGAUCCUCUUUCCCCCCCUCCUCUACUCCUCCUUCUUCUCCCGCCUCCUCCUCCUCCUCUUCUUCCUUCUCCUCCUCUACUUCUUCUUCUUCCUCCUC